UUUUAGAGCAUGACAGAACAGAAAAAUUAUGAACUGGCACGACGUUAGACAUAGUUAAUCAAAAAUUUUGGUCAGAUAAUUCCUCUAAAUCUAAAUUCUGGAUUUAUAAAAGACUUAUCAGAUUUUGUCUUUGCACAGUUGCGUCUGCUUCAUAUCACCUAAGUUACUAAAAAGGCAAGAAAUAAAUGUAGGGCAAAACCGGACUCUUUGCCAAGUUCGCAAAGUCAUGAUUGCUUGAUAUGUGAUCCCCCAGAACCGCCCCUGAGACGUCAUUUGUUUUUUACUGUACUUGCCAUGUUGCCUGUUGCACUGUUUUAAAAACAGGUCUUGGGACGCACUGGAAUUCUGCCAGAGCAAAACUUUUAGCAGUAUUUUCAGGAAAUGGGCGUGUUUUGGGGAGUUUUGGUGCUUUCUGUUUUGAAAGGGUUUUGACAGCCAGGAUCACUCAGAGCUCCCAGAGUUCAGCUGCAGGAGACAUGAUGACAGAGGAGCCGGGGACUGCAGCUGCUGCAACAGCAGACUACAGUGACUACUAUAACUAUGCAGCUGAAGAUGAAGGAUCACUAUGCAAUGAGAGCAACACAAAGGUCUUCAGUGAGGUUGUCUUGGCCGUCCUCUACAGCACAGUUUUCAUCAUUGGUCUGCUGGGAAACACUCUGGUGCUGUGGGUGCUGGUCAGACACCGUCACAGAUGCAGUCUGACAGACGUGUGUGUGCUCAGUCUGGCCGUGUCUGACCUGCUCUUUCUGGCCUCGCUCCCUGUCUGGGCUCACAGUGCCGUGCACGGGUGGGCUCUCGGCUCAUUCAUGUGUCACACUGUCAGCGUUCUCUUCAUGAUGGGUCUCUACAGCAGCGUCUUCUUCAUGGUCCUCAUGACACUGGAUCGCUACGUCAUCAUCGUCUACAAACACAGCAUCUGCUCCAGAAAACGACCUGCAAAAAUGGCUCUGGCCUUGUUUGUGUGGAUGCUCAGCCUGUUUGCGUCCCUCCCUGAUAUUGUUUUUGCCAAAGUGAAAGAGGACACGAGCAACAGAGCAUCCUGCGGAUCUGAAUUUCCUCAAGGUGCAGCCUGGAUGUCGUUUACAUACCUGAACGUCCUGAGCUUGAUUCUGCCUCUGAUCAUCACAAGCUUCUGCUUUUGCCGGAUCCUCCGCAUUAGAUCAGAAGAAAGGCACAGCAUCGUCAGACUCCUCCUGACUGUGUCGGUCGUUUAUUUCCUCUUCUGGACUCCAUACAACAUCGUCACGUUCCUCAUGUUUCUUCAGACGGAAGGCUUCAUGCUUACUUGUGAGUGGUUUACUGAUCUGAGUCUUGCCAAGCAGUGGGUAGACGCGAUCGCACUGAUCCACUGCUGCCUCAAUCCCAUCAUCUACAGCUGUGCGGGACAGAAGUUCAGAAGAGCAGUGCUCACAGUCCUGAAGGAGCAGCUUCCAUCCAGCUUCAGCUCUCCACAGUCACCUAAGAGCACAUCUUCUGAAUAUUCCUCCACACUGAUCACAUAGAGAGCAAACACAGGAUUACAGUCACACUCUUCCUGAGUUCAGUCGUCUUUGUUUUGUGUUUUGACAGUUUUGUUAAUAAUGAUGUAUGUGGAGAAGGAGAAUGCAGAAGCUGUUGCAAAGGUGCACAUAUAAUGCAUGCAUAUCGCUCAUAUUUUAGAUAUACAAAUGAUACAGAAAUGAAUGAUUUCAUUACCAUUUUUAAAUAAACUCCAUGUUAGUAUUUGCAUCAAGCAGUGUUGGGGGUAAUGCAUUACAAGUAACCCAAGUUACAUAAUCAAAUUAGUUUUUUAAGUAACUAGUAAAGUAACGCAUAUUUUUUAAUUUAGAAGGAAAUAUCUGAGUUACUUUUUCAAAUAAGAAACAGCAGUUACUGUGUUUCUCAUGUGUUGAGUGACAGCUCUGGUGUUGCCAUGGAGACAGAGAUCAGGAGUCAGUGCAGUGUUGUGUGUGGACAUGAUCUUACUGUAGAUCUAGACUAAAUAUGAACAUGUGUUUACUCACCUGCACAAAAACACAUUCAGUGUUCCUCAAAAUCAAUAAAAACAGUCAAAUGCAAACUUAGAAUAUUAUACAAACUGGCAAUAAUUAAACAUGUUAAAUAAGACAAAUAUCAUUUAUAUAUUCCAAUAACUUCGAUGAUCAAAUUCAACCAGUCUAAGCAAUAAUGACACAU